GCCUCGCAUAAUGUCUAAGCUACGCGACUACUUUAAACAGAAAUGCGAGAAAUGGGAAAUUAUCGACUUUUUGAAUGAAUGUGACAUAGAGUCAUUUGAUUUCAUGAUUGAUUCUUAUAUAAAAUCACUCGAUGUUAUUGUUAAUAUUGGGCAAGGUGAAGAACAGGAGCGAGCAAAAGAGCUUCUUGAUAGAUAUAAAAAGGCAAGCUUUUUGCUGACCCAGCAUCGGUACCACUGGGGCAUGGGCGAGCUUUUCGUUCACCUGAUGUUCAAGGCAUUUGUCGACCUGGAUCCUCGACCUGACUAUCAUUCUGCCAGGAAAUGGAAAAAUGAACGCAGUUCAGCCAGUGGGAGUGAUGGAUUUUCGGUUUAUAUUAAUAAUUCUACAUUCGGAAAUCUGGUGCGAACUGGAAGUAUCGGUGAUCUUAAUUUUUCCAAUAAAGUGCCAAAAAGGAAUAUAGAUUAUGAAGAGAAUGAUGAUAUUAAGGAAAGAGAUUCCAAAAAAAACCGAUCACAAUCACCAGAAAACGAGUCUGUACCUCCAACCAAGUAUAAUCUUAGAAGUCGGAAGGUAAUUAAUUAUUCCGAAAGAAAUUCAUUACCUGACGAGUUAGAUUUACAUAAUCUGGAGAAAAUGAUAAUUGAUGGAUCAAAUUCCGGAAUAUCAUCUAUUUGUGAAGAUGAAAAUGAAAAUUCCUCAGAUGUCAAUUCUGAUGAAGAGUUUUUGGAAGAUCUCAAUACUACAAAUCAGGAAGAUACAAGUCCAAUCAUUGAAAAACUUCUGGAAUACGGCGAAGGUAUUGCGAGGUACAGAGUAAUUUUUUUACCCGAAGAUAAUAAGAAGGAUCCUUUAAAGACUCUUUUAACAAGUCAAGAAUGGGUAGAAUCCGAACGUGACUGGAAAAUGAUUGAAGAAAAAAUUGUUGACUCCUUUUCAGUAGUAAUACCGAAAAACAUACAAGAUCUUUUAACUAAGUACAACAAAGCCAUAAAAAAAAAUACGAUCAAUUUUAAAUCAGAUGCUAGUAAAAUAGCAUUAGUAAUAAACGAAAAUCCGUUUGAUAAAGAAAGAACAGAGUAUGUUUUUCAUAGAGACUGGCUUCCUCAUUGGAUGCCAAAUGACUUUUUUCACGAUUCAAGAUUGUCUGAAUACGCUUACCGUGACCGUAUAAUUAAUAAAUUAUGGGAAGAUGUUUUUUUAGACGUCUAUCCUAAAAUUUGCAUGCGAACUGGCGAAGUAGAAAAUAUUGAUCGAAAAAAUCAAAAGGAUCGUUCACGACCUCCAAAACAAAAAAGAGCAAUAGGAUGGUCGCAUGACGCAAUAUUAAUGAUAGAAUGUAUGAAUAAAGAAGUUCAAGUUGGUUUUGGCGAAGUAAUUGGUAACCCAUGCAGACACGAUGAUGAAAAAAGGGAUAGCGAUAGAGAAAAGAUGCUUAAAGCGAUGCAGAUAUCUCUUAAUAAGUUGCGAAGUUUAUUGUCGGAAAAAGGAAUAUCAAACGAAGACCUUGAAAAUUUGGAAACAUUUGGCAUGCUUGUGUAUAAGAGAGACUUUAUAAUAUAUUCAACUCAUUGGGUGCGUGGGCUUUAUUUAGUUGACCAGAUUAAUGGCUUUACUAUCCCCGAUACUGCAGAUCGAUUAAGUGAUCUUUCGAGCAUCAUUCACGUUAUGUUGGAAUUCAAGAAUUACAUUGAUUCACUUCUGAAACACAAACCUAUAAGUUUCGGAUAUCGCAAAACUAUUAAUAAGCCUGCUGUGGACAGUUCAAUUCUAAUGAAAUCACCGGAAAAGAAUAUAGCUAAAGGGAAGAUAAAAUGGCAGAACUGA